GCAACAUAGUGAUGAGUGCGUGACAUCACGUGCAUAAUUUCAAUUGCGUAGACCAUCAGUGUUGGUUUGUUUUAAGGGUAGCGAAGGCAUCAGUUCAUCUAUGAGCGCAAAAUGAAAAGUAGGUGGGGACUGUGCAAAGUAUCUUCGUCGAGAUUUGUUUAGCGUAAGGUCUGAAGGACUACCUACGACUUCAAUCGACUAGAGAAAGUAACUCAGGUGGUAUUAGAAAUUGAAGCUGCGCAAUUAGUUUUAGUACUUGUACUAUAACUAGCAACAAGAUGUUCUCCAACCCCGACAGCAACAGCCAGAACAACGCGAAUAACAACCGCGUGCGACUUCAUAUCGCAGACUCCGUUCGCAUUUCGAUGCCGCGUAUAAAGAUUCUUUGUUUAGUGAUCUUUGUUUCGUUACUAUUGUCAGGACCUACAAGAUUCUUGCAUGGUAUCCAUGUCAGUGGUUUCUCAGAUAUAUAAUUCAGACUCAGUAUCGCAUAUUCAUAUAUAAGCAUCUUAUACGAUUUUUACUCUCAGAUCCAGGAAUGAAUAAUCCGGCUCCUGCUCCGGUUGUUCAGCCGCAGGCUGCCCCUGUGUCUCCCGUUGUUCCUGCUCCUCCUGUUAUGGGUCAACCGGCUACGAAUGAUAACACCGAAAUGAAAGAAUACAUCAAGUUUUUGCUCAUGGAACAGACCAUGGAUAUCAAAGAAUAUGUGGACGCAAAGGUGGAGACGAUGCAGCAAGAAGCCAGUAAUAUUCUUUAUCCUUGUUACAUGAGUGGGAUACUAGUUUUUUUCAUUUCGAACUUUAAAAAAAUAUAAAGUUUCCAUGCAUAUGCAAAUGAUUCAAGUCGAUUGUUCAGUACACCGAUUCUCAUGUCAGUGACUAAGUUUCUCGAGACCUUCGCUUCCUAUCAAUUUCAUACUAUUCAAUCAUGAACAUCGACAUACUUCAGAAACGAAGACGAAAAUGGCACUGCAGGGAGCAAUGAAUGCCAUUUAAGGCCAAUACGUUAAGAGUAUUUUUAUCAUUAACCCGCACGUGGAGCGCGGCUUCUGUUUGUGAUUUGGACGACUACCACUGUGUCAGCUAAAGUCUUCUAUCAUCUUGUUAUGUAGCAGCAUGCCAUAAGAUAAGGACACGCAGUCUACCCCUCUAUCUCUAACAAAUUGAUCGCAAGAUCCGACGCCCCCGCGCCAAACGUGCAGCCGCGAAUGAUGCUCGUGGCAAUGGUCCCCACCAAGGCGGAGACAAUGGCAGUGGCCCCUACCAAGGCGGAAACAAUGGCAAUGGAGGCGGAAAUGGCGGCAGCAAUGAUCAUACCCAAGACGGACACAGCAAUAACGAUGAUAAUAAUGGAGGAAACAACAGCACCCCAGGCUCCACCAUGGUCACCUUUUCGCUCAAAUCAGCGUCGGGGUCCACAUCGGUGAAUGAAGCUGCGCAGCUUAUGCUGAACGAUAGCGAAAACAAUGAGGAAAAGGAAAUGCAGCAUGAGCACCAUGCAAAGAAGAUGUAUGCUCCGGCUGUUCUGAGUCAAAGUAUUAAUAUUCUUCUUGUAUUUAUUUUCGUUUCUUGCUGUAAUCUUCUGGCGAUUUUUCUGAGGCUCUGAAGUUUCUUGGGUGCAGAUUGGGCCUGUUUCGUGGUUGUGUCGCGGUGUGUGGUUAAGUAUGACGCGGGUCCGCUUUCGGUUCUGAUCUAUCUUGCGACAUGCGUUGCAUGGCCUACCGUUUCGCGCCUGUGUAUAUGGUAGAUGGCUCCGCGCUGGGUCUGAUGUUGAAAGCUGGGGCGGGUUCAGUCGGUCGCGUGGUUCCUCUACCCGCGCGCAGCGUCGUCCGCGUCCCGUUCUGGGCAUCGUUUUGCCCUAUCGCUGGCACGCUGGUCGCUGUCUGGUGGUCGCCGGGGUGGCUGUGUUGCUUUCUGAGUGCCUUUUGGCUCAGUAUUUGCAGGAGGGUGGCACGCUACUCGUUAUAAGUGUGCCCCCGUCUUCUUUUGCCAUCGGGUGCGUGUGACGAUGGCCCAGCUGGAGGCUGGCGAGAUGGUCCGCGAGCAGAGUGGGAGGGCCUUGCUCGGGCUUUCUACAUCUACGGCUGUGUGGUGAUUUCUUCUGCGGCGCAAGUGGUCACGCAGGGCCAGCGCCUCGCUAUCACUCUGAUGAGGUGGCCACUUUUUCUACGAGAACGCAACGCGUAGCAGGCGAAAAGCGUGGAGACUGCAGAAGGCCCAGGAGCUUGGUGCCUUGGGCGCGUAGUCUCGCCGGUGGUUUGUUCUGACAUUCAACUCCCGGCCACUCCGUGAACUUUCACAGUAAAAACGCCAGCGGAUAGGACAGCUCUCGCAGAAAGUUGGCGGCGUGGGUUCAUUGGUGGGGCCUUGCAGCGGAGCAGAUGACGAGGAGGAGACCCGUGCGGCAUUCAGCGGGAAGCUGGGGCAGAACUUGCCGCCUUCUUCAUCUUCGUCGCGCGCAGUGAUCGGCCGGCAGCAACUGACGGGAACCCCUAUGGAAUGGGUGUCACCCGGAGAGCAAGUGGAUUUAGCUGACCCAGACGCCACAAACAGCGGCGAGAGCUCGCAGAAGUGGCGGGGCAUGAUCAUAACAGCAGCCGCGCCGACUGGAGUGGCGAGGCGUCCGGCUGCAACCAAAGCUCGCGGCGUGGAAUACUUUGCGCGUCAUCGUCGUGGAACCAGGGGCGCGCGUCUUCCUUGGAGCUUGUCCGUGGAGGAAGGUCCAAACUAGCGGGCGGCGAGUUGCUGCGCUCGCAACUUCGGGCAAGUGGAGCGCUGUCCAACAGCGUAACGCGGAAAGCUCCCGCCAUGAUGCAGAUGCGGCAGCGGCAAAGGAAAGCACGCGCAGGAGCUAGGCAAACACUUUGCGGCAUGUGCGGGCGCCUUCGUGGCUUUGGGUGGGCUUUCUAAGUGACUGGCUGCGUCUUCUGCUGGCGUGGUAGAGUGCUGAAGCUUGGCUACUGUGGGGGCUGGCAACGGUGUGGCCUGGCAUCUCGGCCCGUGGGCCACUGUCAGGGAUUCACGGAAAAGCCUUGCGGGGUUCAUUUUUGUCGAGGGAGGGCGUUCCGUGGUGGAGUUCUGGCAUUGUGGGAGCCCCCUCCUCGCAGUGGGUGCGCUUGUGCCUGGUCAAUUCUAUAAAUAGCAGGCGCUUGCUCCGGCGUCGGGUGCGUUUCUGCAUGUCUCAGGGAGUCGCGGGCCCUGUCUCCUUCUCUCUUUGCUUUGUCUAUCUUUCGAUCAGCGACGUGCUUUCUAUUUUUUCACUACUACUGAGCUUUUCCUUUAUAUAUAUUGGCUGUUUGAGUCCUUUUGAUUUUGAAGAUAUACACUCGUGCUCAUCUCGUUUCUCACACCCAUAGGUUCCCCCAUGCCGUUGGUGCUCAGCUCGUAUUCGAGCCCCGUGAUUUCUUAUCCACGAAUGUUUGGCAUGGCGAACAACUCCCCCGAUGACGAUCUUUGA